GACCAAGUCUCACUCUGUUGCCCAGGCUGGAAUGCAGUGGCAUGAGCUCAUGAGUUUUUGUUUUAGUUAUCUAUGAUUCAUCAUUUAGAUUGAUAAGACCCCUUGUAAAAUCCAGUUUUUUGGUUUUUGUUUCUGCUGCAGGAAUCAGAACAAAACUCACUUUCUAGAUAACAUCAAAGGUUAAACUUUGUGCAUAGGCUUUUUUUUUCAAGGAUAUGCAGCCUCAGGACUGUUAAUGUUAACUUUUUCUGCACAGGAAUUUGGAGGACUUUUAUGGCAGGUGCUGUACUCCCACUUUACAAACAAACAUUGGGGCAGCCCAGGCAGCACACCUUUCUGGAUUUACCAAAAAUACACAUUUUCCUAUUCUACUGUUGCUUUACCACAUGGUUCAGUUGUAGCCUCAGAAUUACUUUAUAGAAGAAACUGAGUGUAGACAGAGAGUAUGAGGUCUGAUGGUCAUGGAAUAAUUGUUUUGAGUCCACAGCAUCAUGGGAACUUCUUGGGAAUAGAGUAUAGGCUCCCAGUGCUGUUAGUCUUACCCAUCCUCCUCUAUACAUGUGAGAUGUUUCAGGAUUCAGUGGCCUUUGAGGAUGUGGCUGUGACCUUCACCCAAGAGGAAUGGGCUUUGCUGGAUCCUUCCCAGAAAACUCUCUAUAGAGAUGUGAUGCAAGAAACCUUCAGGAACCUGGCCUCUGUAGGGAAAAAAUGGAAAGCCCAGAACAUGUAUGUAGAGUACGAAAAUCUAAAGAGAAACCUAAGAACUUUUGUGGGAGAGAGACUCUUUGAAAGUAAAGAAGGUCAUCAGCAUGGAGAAAUUUUGACCCUGGUUCCAGAUGCCAUGCUGAAGAAGAAAACAACUACUGGAGUCAAAUCGUGCAGAAGCAGUGUGUGUGGAAAAGCAGGCAGUGCUCAUUCAUCUCUUAAUAGGCCCAUCAGAGAUGACACUGGACACAAGGCAUAUGAGUAUCAAGAAUAUGGACAGAAACCAUACAAAUGUAAAUACUGUAAAAAACCUUUCAACUGUUUCUCCUCUGUUCAGACACAUGAAAGGGCUCAUCGUGGAAGGAAACUCUAUGUUUGUGAGGAAUGCAGAAAAACAUUUAUUUCCCAUUCAAGCCUUCAAAGACACAUGAUAAUGCACAGUGGAGAUGGGCCUUAUAAGUGUAAAUUUUGUGGGAAAGCUUUGAUGUUUCUCAGUUUGUAUCUUAUCCACAAACGGACUCACACUGGAGAGAAACCAUAUGAAUGUAAACAGUGUGGGAAAGCUUUUAGUCAUUCUAGUAGCCUUCGAAUACAUGAAAGAACUCACACCGGGGAAAAGCCUUAUGAAUGUAAUGAAUGUGGGAAAGCAUUCCACAGUUCCACAUGCCUCCAUGCUCAUAAAAGAACUCACACUGGGGAGAAGCCAUAUGAAUGUAAACAGUGUGGGAAAGCCUUCAGCUCUUUCCAUUCCUUUCAAAUACAUGAAAGAACUCACACUGGGGAGAAGCCAUAUGAAUGUAAGGAAUGUGGAAAAGCCUUCAAGUGUCCCAGUUCUGUUCGAAGACACGAAAGAACCCACUCUAGGAAAAAACCCUAUGAAUGUAAACAUUGUGGGAAAGUAUUAUCUUAUCUUACCAGCUUUCAGAACCACCUGGGAACGCACACUGGAGAGAUAUCUCAUAAAUGUAAGAUAUGUGGCAAAGCCUUUUAUUCUCCCAGUUCACUCCAAACACAUGAAAAAACUCACACUGGAGAGAAACCAUACAAAUGCAACCAAUGUGGUAAAGCCUUUAAUUCUUCCAGUUCCUUUCGGUAUCAUGAAAGGACUCACACUGGAGAGAAACCUUAUGAGUGUAAGCAAUGUGGAAAAGCCUUCAGAUCUGCCUCACUCCUUCAAACGCAUGGUAGGACUCACACGGGAGAGAAACCCUAUGCAUGUAAGGAAUGUGGAAAACCAUUUAGUAAUUUCUCUUUCUUUCAAAUACAUGAAAGGAUGCACAGAGAAGAGAAGCCAUAUGAAUGUAAGGGUUAUGGAAAAGCAUUUGGUUUGCCCAGUUUAUUUCAUAGACAUGAAAGGACUCACACUGGAAGGAAAACCUAUGAAUGCAAGCAGUGUGGCAGAUCCUUCAAUUGUUCGAGUUCCUUUCGAUAUCAUGGAAGGACUCACACUGGAGAAAAACCCUAUGAAUGCAAGCAAUGUGGAAAAGCCUUCAGAUCUGCCUCACAGCUUCAAAUCCACGGAAGGACUCACACUGGAGAGAAACCUUAUGAAUGUAAGCAGUGUGGGAAAGCCUUUGGAUCUGCCUCACACCUUCAAAUGCAUGGAAGGACUCACACUGGAGAGAAACCCUAUGAAUGUAAGCAGUGUGGGAAAUCUUUUGGAUGUGCCUCACGACUUCAAAUGCAUGGAAGGACUCACACUGGAGAGAAACCGUAUAAAUGUAAGCAAUGUGGGAAAGCUUUUGGAUGUCCCUCAAACCUUCGAAGGCAUGGAAGGACUCACACUGGAGAGAAACCGUAUAAAUGUAAGCAAUGUGGGAAAGUCUUUAGAUGUUCUUCACAACUUCAAGUGCAUGGAAGGACUCACUGCAUAGACACCCAUAACCCCAGGCUUUAGGAGGCUGAGGUGGGAGGACUGCUUAAGCCUAGGAGUUCAAGACCAGCCUGGGCAACAUGGUGAGACUCUAUUAUAAAAAUUAGAUAAAUAAAAAGACUUCCA